UAUAACCUGUUCAAACCCAUAAUCGUGUUCUUUUACGCCUCCUCACCGGUGAACGCUUCAAGUGAUAUUCAUUGUCAUCAUCGAUCUGCAAAUAAUCCACGAGAUUUUCCCACAUUUCUUGCUCUCUGCAAAUACGAAUUUCGGCACUAGAAGGAAUAUUUCAAUAAAGAAAACAGCAAAAGCAAGCAAAUCCGCCAGACAGCGCAAGAUUAAAAGUAAAACGCAAUGGUAAUGGAUGCAACUCAAUCCCAACAACCAUCUCCACAAUCUGUUGGCCGCGAGUUCGUGCGCCAAUACUAUACUCUACUUAACCGUGCACCAAACCAUUUACAUCGUUUCUACAAUAACAACUCUUCGUUUAUACAUGGCGAAUCGACUUUGGUUGUUGGCCAGCGCAAUAUCCACAAUCGCAUUCAGCAGCUAAACUUUCAUGAUUGUCAUGCCAAAAUAAGCCAAGUGGAUGCUCAAGCGACCUUAGGCAAUGGUGUUGUUGUUCAGGUGACUGGCGAGUUGUCGAAUGAUGGCCAACCUAUGCGCCGUUUUACUCAGACCUUUGUCUUAGCAUCCCAGUCGCCGAAGAAGUACUACGUUCACAAUGAUAUCUUCCGUUACCAGGACAUGUAUUCGGAUGAGGAAAAUGAUGGAGAAACGCGGUCAGAAAACGAUGAUGAACAUGACCAACAGCAACAGCCGGCUCUAGCUUCUACUGCUGCUCCCGGAAGUGAACCAGUCGUAUUGCAAGUGGGCGCUGGAACGGGGGCUGUAACUGUGGAACCACAGCAACAGCAACCAAUUCAACAAGCUCAGCUUUCAGCGCAGGUAGUGGCCACACCAGCAGGUGCUGCGGUGUUACCCCAGCAACAGCUAGGCGCACAGGCUACAGGCGGUGCACCACAGCAACAAGCUAUUUACUAUUCAGUGCCAGCUGCUGGUGGCCGUCCUGUGCCUUUAUUGGCAGCCACAGCACCACCGCAAGGAGCAGCCGCCGUGCCAUUGGCUGCACAAUUUUCAGCUGCAGCGCCCACCCCUAGUGUACCACAACAGGUGCAGCUGAAUGGCGUUGUUGGCCAUGAGGAUAUAUUGUCGGCUGCAAAUCAGCAGCAGCAGCAGCAACCAGGUGCAGGACAACAACAACUAGUCGCACCGACUGCUUCCCCUGUGGUCCCGCAGCCCGCAGGAGGUAGCGUUAAUGUACCGACACCCGUUAUUGCCGCUCAAACUGUCCCUGCUGCUGGCAUUGCUGCUGUGCCAGUUGCUGCAUCCACUACAAUUCCACAGAACUCGGCUGCAAAUAUAACCGGCUUCCAACAAUCAGCCCUGUUGCAGCCGCAUGUACUUCAACAACAGCCAUUGCCGCAGCCAUUGGUGGCACAAACGCUGGCAUCACAACAAUCAACGACCGUAGAGUUCGAAGAUGGUGGCAUUAGUCCUCAAUUGACCAGUGGUGUUGAAUCAGACCCUCGCACAGGAUCGGCUAAUAUAUUAGCAGCAGCAGCUGAUAAUAUACAAGUUGUUGAUGAUUUUAAGGCAAUUAAUGAACAACAGCAACAGGAAAAGUAUGAAGCCGCUAAACAGCAACAACAACAACAGAACGAACCAAAAACGUAUGCAAAUCUCUUUAAGUCGACUUCAUCCUCGCCGAGCGGUUUCGUUACUGCUGCCAUGCAGCAACAGCAGCAACUCCAACAACAGCAGCUAUCGUCUAAUAAUACGUAUCAGUCGACGACAACCAUUUCCUCUACCACAUACUCACAGUCCAACUCCAACACUACUUCUUCGCUCUCGGUUUACAAUACGCGCAACAGCGACUCUUCAUCAUUGCGGCUAGAUAACAACAAUUUUGGUUCGGUUUCACAAGGCGGUCCACUGCCGCAGCGUAGCAAUACAUCCCGAAUCAAUAAAGAAUAUGAGCCGCGCCGCACCAGCAAUGCGCAACAAUCUGACAACCAACAGCUAUUCUUGGGUAAUAUACCACAUCAUGCUUCAGAAGAAGAGCUGAAAGCAUUGUUUAGUCGCUUCGGUCAGGUACUGGAGCUUCGGGUUAUGUCCAAGGCGAGUAGUGGCAAGUUACCACCUGGUGCAAGGAACCCACAGAAUUUCGGCUUUAUUACUUACGAAGAUGCUGAGUCAGUUCAAAAUUGCUUGUCCCAAUGUCCGCUUUACUUCCCCGAUAAUUCUCCCGAUGGUCAAAAAUUAAACGUAGAAGAGAAAAAGCCGCGCAUCAUACGUCCAAACGAUAUGCCACCACGACAGCCGAUGGGCGGUAGCAGCAUGGGCGGUAAUAUUAACAAUUCACAGCGCAACAUGAGCGGUGGCCCACCAACUCGUUCCCUCUCAAACUCUGCUGGUGGAACAAGUGGCAUGAUGCGCAACACUGGCGGUAGUGGUACCAAUACUAACAGCAUGUCUCGAGGUCAAUCUACCGGCGGGGGUCCACGUAUCGGUGGUUUCAAUCGCAGUGAGAAUCGCAGUGGUCCAACGAAUGGUGGUGGUCCACAAGUGCGCGGAGGCAAUCAAAACAGCACACAGACAUCAGGAGGUGGUGGCAGCAGCAGCUACGGCACACGUCGCUAACCAUUAAUAUUCUUUUAUCAUCCACAACAACCGUCGCGCUACAACACCGUAAACGCUGCAGUUGCGACCACAUCAACGACAACAACACCACCAAUACAGGAAAAUUUGACACAGCAGUAAUCUUUAUAAGAUUAUAUGAAUUUAAAAAAAACUGAUUUGCGUCGUGAUGAUGACUUUAGGAAACAGAAAUUUUUUAUUAUUUUUGUAUUAGUGGAAAUGCUGUUGCUUCCAAAGCAAAAGAAAUGGAAAGCAAGCAGGAAUUACAAAUACAACCCAAAUCGGAAAUUUUCGAAAAAAAAAUACAAAUCAAACCAUGCAACUAUUUUCUUUUGUAUGACAAACUUAAA